AGUAAACGAAAAAGUGAACUAAAAUGAGGGCUACAUUCGCAUUGACUCUGUUGCUCGGCUGCCUUUCAGGAAUUUUGGCGCAGCAAGCCAACAUAGACAGUUCGGUGUCCAAGGAACUGGUGACGGAUUGCCUCAAGGAGAACGGUGUCACUCCCCAGGAUCUGGCUGACUUGCAAUCGGGCAAGGUGAAGGCCGAGGAUGCCAAGGACAAUGUGAAGUGCUCCUCACAGUGCAUUCUGGUCAAGAGCGGUUUCAUGGACUCCACUGGCAAACUGCUGACCGACAAGAUUAAGUCUUACUAUGCGAACUCGAACUUUAAGGAUGUCAUCGAAAAGGAUUUGGACAGGUGCAGCGCGGUCAAGGGGGCCAAUGCCUGUGACACUGCCUUCAAGAUAUUAUCCUGCUUCCAGGCAGCCAAUUAGGGUCUUAACGAUCCGAUCAAUCUGUAGAAAAGUAGAGUUUAAUUCUUCCAAGAGCAAUAAAGGCUUGCAGUAG